UGUAAAGAGAACACAAGAAAUGGAUUUAGUUUUUGCCAGUCGCUUGUCGAGAUAAAAUCGUCUGUUGGGAGAUAUAAAUUUUGCGGAAAAGAAAUUUAAAAUAUUUUAGUCUAUUCCUAGUAUAAAGCUACCCGAAAGUAUUUCUACAAAACAAUAUGGAUCCCGCGAAUAACAACAAUAAUUUUGAAACCAAUUUUGGCUUGGAUAUAUUCACCAACCUGAUAAAACAAAAUAGUGCAGACGGAGACAAUUCGAACCUGAUAAUAUCACCAUUCCUUGUCGAGGCCUUGCUUGCUCUCUUAUACUUAGGUUCCGAUGGAAAAACUGCCGAAAAACUCAAGGCCAAGCUGCAGUUGCAACGUUUUCCCAACAAUGCCAAAAUGGCUAGCUAUUUUGCCGGCAAUCUCGCUGCCAUAACACAAACAUCUCCCGACACUCAACUGGAAAUGUGUUCGAAAAUAUUCAUCGACGAACAGUUCGAUUUGGAUGUGGAAUUUCAAAAAAUUGCCUAUAAAUAUUUUCUCACACAGGCGGAGAAGCAAAAUCUCUGUCAUGCAAAAAAUCUCGAAGAUUUACUCAAGAAUUGCCUGCAAGAAACGCUGAAAAAAUCCCAAACGAAUUUACACUGCCCCACCGACAACUGCAAAGCUCUGCUGCUGAUGGCUGCAAAUUUUCGCAAUAAAUGGUUCCUGCCCUUCAGUGCCUAUCGUUCGGGCCUGUACGAUUUCCAUGUGAGCAGUGAUUGCGUGAAAUCGAUACCCAUGAUGUUGGACAAUGAAAUGUUUGUAAAAUUUGUGGAAUUAAAGGAAAUGGAUGCUCGGGCUGUGGAAUUGCCGUACGAGCAUGACGAUGAAAUCUCAAUGCUGCUAAUUUUACCCAAUAAACGAGAUGGCCUGCGGGAGCUGGAGGAGAAAUUGAAAGAGGUUAAUUUAUCCACAAUAUCGGAGCAAAUGCAAAUGGAAAGUGUCCAGUUGUUGUUGCCAAAAUUUCAAAUUGAUUUUGAGUGUUCACUGAAAACGAUAUUAGAAAAGUUGGGAUUUUCAUUGCUAUUCGGUGAGGAUUCAAAUUUUAAAAAUCUUCUAUCGCCACAAUCGGCCUCGACAUCACUUCCCAUUGCUGAUGUUUUACAUAAAGUCUGUUUGGAUGUAAAUGAAUCCGGUUCGGAAUCAUCAACUGUUGAAGCUUCCAAACCCAUUGUCAUCAGCAACUGCAUCGAUACGCGGCAGAAAUUCUUUAGAGCCGAUCAUCCGUUCUUCUUUGCCAUACGAAACAGAGAUGCCACAUAUUUCAUGGGACAUGUGGUCAAGUUUUAAAAGGUUAUUUAGGAUUAUAGUACGUUUAUAUAUAUGAGGGUUAACCCACUUGAUUUGGAUUUAAAUUGUCAUACCCAUUACUUUUACUUCAAAUAAAUCCUCUCAAAGUAGGUUAACCCUACAAAAAGUUCUAAAGUAAACAUGGCAUUAGAUACUAAAAAUGGAAAUUUUGUUUAUCCUUAUCUUAAUAUCAUACGAAAUUGUGAAGUAUUUAAUAAUUUCGGCUUUUGUACCAGUUUUGAGUUUUUUAUGUUUGCAAAGUUGCCAUAUUAGUUGGUUGGUAGAAAUUGAUACAUGGAUCAUUGGUAGAAGAACACACAUGGUAGAACAAUACAGGUAGAUGCGUCAAAGCUUGGGAACAUUGAUAUGUCAAAAAAUUUUGAAUAUUUUUUCAAAUAUAAGUAGAUUUUUAUAUGUUUUCUUAUACGAUGUCAUUCGGAGGUUAUAAUAAUACGCGUUUUUCAACAAAUUUAAAAAAAUUAAAUAAUUUUUCAUUCAAUAUUUUCAAUUCCAAAAUUGGAUUGACAGUUCAUUGUCCCAGCAGCUGUCUCGAUGCGUCUACCUAUAUUCUUCUACCAUGAAAAAAAAACAUUUUAAAAUUUUUGACAUAUCAAUGUUCCUAAGCGUUGAUGCAUCUACCUGUAUUCUUCUACCAUGGGCCAAUCCAAGGCCCAAUUAACAGGUUGUGUAAAGAAUUAUUGUGAUUUAAGUUUUCAUUCGUUUAAUUCACAAUUGAAAUGAAUCUAUAAAAGUAUCUAAAGCUGUCAAAAUUAUUAUUGUGAUUGAAUUCCUGCACGACCUCAUAAAUUGUUCUUGGACCUCUGUAGCGUGCCUUGAUAAAAACUUACCCUUUUUGUUUUGCAUAGUUGCCAUACUAUUUUGUUGUUAGAAAUAAAAAAUGCAUUUAAAUAAUAUUUUUUUUGUAACAAAGAUGUUGAAAAUUAGUUUUAUUUGUUUAAUAUUUUUUUUAAGUUAAGUUGUUUGUUUUUUUGUUAUCAUUUGAUUUAAUUUAUAAUGUAGUAGUUUCCUUUAUCCUUAAAAUACAUACAUAUUUCAAAAAGAAAUGUUAAACUUUGUUUUUAAUGAUUUUAAUUAUUAAUGUUGGAAUAGUUUACAAGUAGUUCUUUUCCUGUUGAUAAUUUACAAUUUAAAAUAAUUAUUGUUUUUGUUUUUGGUAAUGAAUUUUAAUUUAGUGUUUUUUUAUUAAUUUAUUUAAUAACUAUAUGACUAUUAUUUAUACUAGUUUUUGGAAGUAAGAUUUAUAAUUUUAAUAUGUACAUGAUUUUGUUGUUGCUCUUGUUUUUCUAUUUGUUUUUGUUAAUUUAUAUUAAAUUCAAUUUUCUUCUUUAUAAUCUAUACAUUUUAUGUUUUACAAAAUAAAUUCUUCUGUUGGAUUA